AGACUCUAAAUAAUGUACCGGUUUGAUGUAAACUCGAAAGUAAGCAGGAGAGAGAACAGAAAAAAAAAGAGAGAGGAAAGAGGGGAGGAGAGAGAGAACAGAGAAGCGGGAGGAGAGAGAGAAAAGAGGAGAGAAAGAGUAUAGAGAGAGAGUGGGAUGCUGGUAUGAUCGAUCCCGCUUUUUGCGGUUGUUUCUUUUGUCCAAGUUGUAGUAAAUCCGGCUAAGAGGGCCUGUUUCUGUUCGGGUUUCUCUCUCUGCUCUUUCUCUCUCUAAAGCGUGUGAUGGUGGUGGAAUUUUCGACAAUGGAUCAUCACCCUGAGUCCCCUGAUUCUCCAUCAUAUGUCUCCUCACCCGAUGUCUCUCACAAGAGAUCCACUACCACCAAGCCAACUAGCCCUGACAACAAGGAGAAGCCAGCAUCUGUUAGGUUCCUCGUAUCAAAUGCAGCUGCUGGAUCUGUCAUUGGAAAGGGUGGUUCAACAAUAACAGAGUUCCAGUCACAAUCAGGAGCUCGCUUUCAAUUGUCUCGUAAUCAUGAAUAUUUUCCAGGAACAACUGAUAGGAUAAUUAUGAUAUCUGGAACUGUUGACGAAAUACUUACAGCCAUGGACUUUAUCCUUUCAAAGUUGCAGAGUGAGUUACAUAUUGAAGAUGGUGAUGAUGUGGACCCUAGACUAAAGCUGAGACUCAUUGUCCCAAAUAGCAGUUGUGGUGGCAUCAUUGGCAAGGCUGGAUCCACAAUUAAGUAUGAUUUGCUUCACGUUUUUCAUAGCUGGCCUAAGUCUUGUUUUGUCCCUGCAAUAUCUGAAGAAAACGACAUGAAUUUACGAACAUUGUUUUUCUAUUUUCAUUUUGUUUUUACGUGACAUUGUUUAUAUUUUCAUUUUGUUUUUUAUUUUAAUUAUUUUCCUGUUUUGAUGUUUCUUUUUAUCCAUGUAAAUUAUAAUGAGAUUAAAGUUAUUUGUAAUUAUAGUGGCUGUGAAUGUGCUCUAAAUCAGAUUCAAUAGGUGGAAUUUGAAUGUUUCAUACAUUUUAUGCUAUAAUCAGUUAUAUCUCUAUCCAUGUGUAGAAUUCAUAUCAUCAUUAUCCUUUGAGCCUUAUUCUAACUAUUUGGAGUUAGCUACACAAAUCAUGUUCCGUUGUUUUGCUCUAUCAAGAGAUGUGUAGGAUUUAUAUGAAUGUGAUUACUCACUUGGCAGGUUGAUACUUAUUUGGUGAGUGCGCCACUUAUUGGGAUGGUUGAAUAUUACAUCGUGGAUACAAGCUAUAUUCCUUAACAUUUUGAUUGACAUUUUGGGAUGCAAAUUAUCACAAUUAAAUGGCUGACAUUUUCUGUUACAUCUUGGUUAAAUUGCAGCUUCUGUAGCAAGAAAGAAAUCAAUUCAGUCAGAUGACUGUGAAGUCUGCUUGUUUUGGAAGAAUUUAGCCUUAAGCAUACCUAGACCAGAAAUAGUCUGCUUGUUUUGGAAGAACUUAGUCUUAAGCAUACCUAGACCAGAAAUGGUGUUUCCAUUCCAAUUUUACUUUAAGCAACGAAAGAAAAGGAAAUUAUGAGACUGCGAGAACCUUUUCCUUUCCUGAUUAGUUAAAUUCCAGAAUGGUAGUGCCUCCCUUUGUACAGAGUUCUUGCAACUAAGGGCAUGGCCCAAUCAGCAUUUACUAUAGUUAACAAAUCUGGCCAAAUGUUGCAAAUAAAGUUGCAAUGUCUAUUGAUUCCACUCUGUCUACAAAGCACAUACAAAUGUUUAUGGGCUUAUCAGUCUGGCCCAUUAGAUCAUUAAACAAUGUUAACAUUUUCUAUGAAAAGGGGAAAUCUUGGUAACCCCAUCCUUGGUUACUGUGAAACAAAUUUUAAACCCAUCAAAACCUGCAACUAGCUCCACUUUAUAACCUUGGGAAUCUGCAAGCUUUUUGAUUCAGGCCCGAGAUGCAAGAUCCUCUAAGUGGAAAGGACAAGAUCUGUCAUGUUUUGAGUAUGUUUGGGGAUGA